UUGUCCUUUUAAGUUGUAUAAAAACCAUUACAUGCUUGAACCGUGUCAACCGUAAUCGAUCUUCCAAAAAGAUUUACCAUUCGGCCAUCUGUUCUAUCAUCGGAUCAACAUCAUGAGCUGGUGGUGGGCGGGUGCUAUUGGCGCUGCUAAGAAGAAAUUCGAUGAAGACGAACCACCACGAACCUUCCAGAGCGUCGGCCUCAUUGUAGGCGUCACCGGAAUUGUCGGCAACAGUCUUGCUGAGAUCUUGCCACUAUCUGAUACGCCUGGUGGUCCAUGGAAGGUCUACGGAGUAGCCCGACGGCCCAGGCCCAACUGGAACGCUGAUCACGCUGUCGAAUAUAUUCAAUGCAACAUAUCCGACCCGGAAGAGACCCGAGCCAAGCUUUCACAGCUCACCGAUGUCACUCACAUCUUCUAUGUCUCGUGGACCAACCGAUCUUCUGAAGCCGAGAACUGUGCCGUCAACGGCUCCAUGUUCCGUAACGUUCUCGACGCUGUAAUCCCAAACGCUCCUAAUCUGCGCCACAUCUGUCUCCAAACCGGUACAAAACACUACGUGGGCCCUUUCGAGGCAAUUGGAAAGGUGGAGAUUCAUGAUCCACCUUUCACGGAGGAUCUGCCCAGGUUAGAUGUACCGAAUUUUUACUAUACUCAGGAAGAUAUAUUGUUUGAAGCAGUAGAAAAAAAGGAGGAAUUGACUUGGUCUGUUCACCGGCCUGAUGUAAUAUUUGGAUUUUCCCCUUAUAGCUUGAUGAAUAUAAUAGGCAGUCUAUGUGUAUACGCAGCCAUAUGUAAACACGAAGGGGUUCCAUUAAAAUUCCCUGGGACUAAAGCAGCAUGGGAGUGUUACUCGGUUGCCUCGGAUGCGGAUCUAAUUGCAGAGCAGCAAAUUUGGGCUGCAGUGGAUCCAUAUGCAAGAAACGAAGCGUUUAAUUGUAACAACGGAGAUUUGUUUAAGUGGAAGCAUUUUUGGAAGGUGUUGGCGGAGCAGUUUGGAAUAGAGGAAUAUGGUUUUGAAGAGGGCGAGAGAGUGAAGCUGGAGGAAAUCAUGAAAGGCAAAGAAGGUGUUUGGGAGGAGAUAGUGAAGGAAAAUCAAUUGCAGGAGACAAAGUUGGAUGAGGUCGGUAGCUGGUGGUUUGUGGAUCUUGUGCUAAGUGGGGAGGCUAAGUGGGCUUCCAUGAAUAAGAGCAAAGAGCAUGGUUUCUUGGGUUUCAGGAAUUCUAAGAAUUCCUUCAUCACUUGGAUUGAUAAGGUCAAGGGCUACAAGAUUGUUCCUUAACUGUGCUGUGAUGUGUUAGAAGUGGUAACGAAAUGGAGCUUUUUUUUUUUUUUUU